UCACAGUUAAUUGUGAGUAAAUUGCUUUUGUGUGGAUCUGAGAAGUCAAAUCCGCGGCUGUAAAACACCGAUUCUCUAUGAUGAAUCCUGAAGAGACGGGAUCUACUCAGCUUCCUGCUCCUGCUUCACUACAGCUUCAUGAAGACAGACAGAAAGAUGACGGUUCCACCUCUGAUGAGGAAGCCUCAGGCUCUAUGGACCAACAUGAUGGAGAAAUCCAGAUGAAGCAUGUAAAAGAGGAACCUGCAGAUGAAGACUAUUUCGGUGCAGGUACGUCAGACUUAGUAGGACACGUCACCUCCAUGGACCAUAUGAACAGAGGAUUUCAGAUGACGCCUUUAAAGAAGGAAGAAGACCAUGUUGAAGACCCUCUCUACUGUGAGGAGUGCAGAUCCUUCUACAUCAGUAAGUGUGAGCUUCACGGUCCGGCUCUCUUCAUCCCUGAUACCCCCGUCCCCAUGGGGGUGGUGGAGCGAGCCAGACGAACCCUUCCACCCGGUCUGGAGGUUCGGGAGUCCGGUAUUCCUGAUGCAGGUCUGGGAGUGUUUAAUGAGGGGGGAACGGUUCCGGUGGGUGCACACUACGGCCCCUACCAGGGAGAGGUGGUGGAUCGAGAGGAAGCCAUGAAGAGCUGCUACUCCUGGGUGAUCUAUACGGAGAAUCAGAGUGAAGAAUAUAUAGACGCCAGAUCAGAGCUGAAUUCUAACUGGAUGAGGUACGUGAACUGCGCCCGUAACGAUGAGGAGCAGAACCUGGUGGCGUUCCAGUAUGGAGGAGGGAUUCUGUACCGGUGCUGUCGACCCAUCCAGCCAGGACACGAGCUCUUGGUGUGGUACGCAGAGGAGUACGCUAAAGAUCUCGGGAGCACGUUCGACCACCUCUGGAACAUAAAGUGCUCCUCAAAAGAACUGAACAAUUCCCAGUCGGGAGUCUUCUCCUGCUCCCUGUGUCCACUUUCCUACACAGCUCAGAUCUUCCUCCACAAACACAUCAAGAGGCGCCACCAUGAGGAAUACGCCCGACUUCUAAAAUCAGGAGAGAUCGAUUACGAGAAUCUGAUACCUGCUAGAAGGUCUGGAGGUCGUCACACGUCCUCUGGUGCAGAUGCUUCUCAUGAGGAGACGAAGAGAAGAAUGCACCGCUGCUCACACUGUGAGAGGAGUUUCCAUAAGAAGAGCACUUACGAGCAGCACCGGCGUGUUCACACGGGAGAGAAGCCGUUCCAGUGCCCGCAGUGCGGCGGCAGGUUCACGGAAAAACGGAGUCUCCAGCGGCACCAGCGCAUUCACACGGGAGAGAAGCCAUACCGCUGCACACAGUGUGAAAAGAGCUGUACUCACAAGAGUUAUCUUCAGGAGCACCAGCGCAUUCACACAGGAGAGAAGCCCUUCCAGUGCCCGCAGUGCGGGAAGAGUUUCGCCCGCCAGAACACGCUCAAAGAACACCAGAGCAUCCAUACAGGAGAGAAGCCGUACCACUGCUCACAGUGCGGGAGCAGGUUUCGUGACCUGGGCCAUUUCAAAACGCACCAGCGCAUUCACUCGGGAGAGAGGCCCUAUCGGUGCGCACAGUGCGGGAGGGGUUUUAACCAGUGGAGCGGCCUCCAGCGGCACCAGCGCAUUCACACAGGAGAGAAGCCCUAUCGCUGCUCGCAGUGUGGAAAGAGUUUCACUGAGAAGUGGAGUCUGCGAAUACACCAGCGCAUUCACACCGGGGAGAAGCCGUAUCAGUGUCCGCAGUGUCGAAAACGCUUUACGCAAAAGUUUCACCUGCAAGAGCACCAGCACAUUCACACAGGAGAGAAACCUCAUCAGUGUUCGCAGUGCGGGUGGAGGUUUCGGGACAGACGUCAUUUGAAAACGCACCAGCGCAUUCACACCGGAGAGAAACCCUAUCACUGCUCUUACUGCGAGAAACGUUUCGCUCGUCGGAACAAUCUGAACCAGCACUUGCGCACGCACUCCGAGGCAAAGCCACUUGUGACAGAAGGUUGCCAGUUCAAAUCCUAGACUGCAAGAAAACCCUUCUGUCUCAGAAAUAAUUUCCAAGUUAAUAAACAUUCAUAUGGGCCCAUCCAGACAUGCGAUACUUUUAGUAUCCGUCCAGAAUCUCGAAGCGCACCGGCGCAUUCACGCGGGAGAGAAGCCGUAUCGCUGCUCGCGCUGUGGAAGGACCUUCGCUCGGCAGAACACUCUCGAUCAGCACCAGCUCCUUCACGCCGGAGAGAAGCCGUAUUACUGUUCUCAGUGUGGCAGGGGUUUUACACAGCACGGUAGUCUCCAGCGACACCAGCGCAUUCACACCGGAUAAAAAAUGCAUUGCUGUUUGUGGUGUGGAAAGAGUUUUACUCUUAUAAGUACAUUUGCAAGACACAACGAAAGACACACAGCAUGCAGCUACCUGCUGGAUUGUCUUAUACUGACAGGAUAGUAGAAUUUUACUUUGUUUACCUUAUAGGGGAUCUAAUACAGGCUGUAAAUACAACAGUUAGCAGAAUUGUGUAAUUUAGGGUGAACAAACAUACCUGCACUUUUUUUAAAUUUCUUAUUUUCUAUUUUUUUCUGCUUCAGAACUGAACAAUUCCCAGUCGCGAGUCUUCUCCUGCUCCUCGUGCCCACUUUCCUACAC